AUUCGUUGACAUUGGCAAAACUGUCAAACAUUCGCUUGCAGAAAGAAACUGUCAAAACGCCGAUUGCACUGCUAUGCCACCUGGGUUCAUGUGAGGAAGGAAAAGGUAAACAAACGAUCCUUCGAGGUACAAAUCACAUCGUGGGCAUCAAUAUUGGAUUGGUAAAGUAAUUUACAACAAACCUAACUAUUGCACGGAGCAAUGUACAAGCUAGUCAGACAAACUAUUAAGGUCCCGGUUGCGAUAAAUCGUGCUAGUGUUCACAAAGGCCCGUCAACAGAUAUAACACCCAUUGGGCCGAAAGUAGAACUUGAUCCGGAUAUUGAAAAGCGCAUUCAGGAUGAUAAACGACGUCUCCAGUGGCGUACGGCGUACUCAGAGCGGCAGGAUAGCUUCUACAGUGCAUUCAAACUGUUUGCCACAGAGAAUCGUAAUUCCGAACUGGUAGAAAAGAUGCAACAACCGAUCGAUUUAUCACCCAGUGCGAUUCUCGAAUGGUGGCAAAAGAGGCGCACCACCAUAGAGGCACACAUGCAAAAGUUUCUCCCCGAACGGCAUGCUACACUGGGGGAUGAUAUAGCGACAGCUCACUUCAUCGUACAUCGUGGUGGUUCCGUAAGGUUUCGUGGUAGCACGAAUUGGAUUCAAAAGGACGAAGAUGAUGAGUACGAUCUACCCCGCCAUCAUGUGCCAGGGAUGGUGCUGGAAGAGGUGCGCUGCGAUGGAAUGACACUAUUUUACGAAGGCAUGGAAAAUAUCCAGAAAUUGCUGCGCUUGAAGCACCUCUCUUUCGAAAAUGUGACGCUAUUUAACGACUGGUAUCUCGAUCGGAUCUCCGGCAAUACGUUACCUUCACUGGAGAAGCUAAAUUUGCGCGGAACGGCCAUUACCCAUCGUGGGCUAAAUUGCUUGUAUCGUUUGCCGAGCUUGAAGCUGCUGCUGAUAGAUGAUCCGGAAAAGGACAUUUUGUGGAAGCUGACGGUGGCUAUGCUUGAGGAAUGGAAUCCAAACUUGCGGGUUGUCUCGAGUGAAUAAAUUGAUACAGCAAAGAGAAUUUGAAAAUAAACUUAUCGUAGCAAACCAAGAAA